CUCCUCUGGACUUUACUCUGAGCAGGAUCAAAUCUCAGCGACAUUAUCUCAGAAUGGAUGUGAAGCUGCUGGUGGUCGUGGCGGCGCUCACGGUGGUGAUAUAUGCGCCUUCAUCACAAGCGAAGCCCAUCAGUCUGGUGGAGAGAUGCUACUGUCGUUCAACGGUCAACAGCGUCCCACGGGGCUACAUCCGAGAACUCAGGUUCAUCCACACGCCCAAUUGCCCCUUCCAAGUGAUUGCCAAGCUGAAGUCAAGCAAAGAAGUGUGUGUGAACCCAGAGGUCCGGUGGCUGCAGCUGUACCUGAGGAACGCUAUCAACAAGAUGAAGAAAUCCAAACAGGGCAAUUAAAAACUCCUGCAGAGAUCUUCCUGGGCCAUCACAGUUUUGAAACAUGUGAUUUGAGAUCAUCUGGUAUGUUGUACAGCACUUAUGGCUGCCAUGCCUGCGGCCUUUCGCAUGGAAAUAACCUACAACUCUUCACCAUGGACACCAAUCCGUCUUCACCAUCACCACUCUUACCACUUAUAGAGAUCGUAGAUGUUAUUAGUGCAAAGUGCAAUUAUAUCUGAGUGUAUGUUUUUCUAACUAUAAUGUAUAUACUUUUUUGUUAAUGGACUUCAACACAGUAAAGAGCUAUUUUUAGAGAUGUUCUUGUUCCUCUGGCCUCUCAUCUGUCAUUUAGGAUAAGGGAUCAAGUUCGGGGUCAAAGUGUUUAAGGGUGAGAGACAUACAGUAGGUCAGUGGUAGGGUUUUCUCCACAACAAACAUGAAUCAACAUCCUUCUUAACAGUAAUAGAGUCCUGUGGACCGUUGAGCCAAGAGAGUUAUUAUAACUAAUCCUAAAUAUGGGAUCUUCUUAUCCUUAUUGUCUCUGAUUUAAAUUGUGCAAAAUGAUAAACAACAACAAAUAGGUUCUCUUCUAAAAACUGAGGAAUGGGCCGAGCUGCAGAGCUUGCCAAGUUGUAUUUCAUGUUUCAAGUUAAUUGGCACCAUGGAAUUUCAAUGGGUGCCAGCUACCCCUAGACUGAAUAUAAGAUGUAUAAAAGAUCCUAGUAAAAAUAGCAAUUACAAUGUUUUCGUGAUGGAAGUUCGGAUGCCAAAAGAGCUUGAGCAUUUCCUGAGCUGUGGCUGUGAUUACGCGACCCUGUGUUACCCAACAUGUCUGCUUUUUUUCAUUGUUAGAGAAAAGCUGAACAUCUGGAUCCCAAACAGUUUUAAUUAAGCGACCAAAAAGUCGAAAUGUGCGGGAAUCAUAAAGCUUCCUCACUUAACUAGAGAUGGUAAGAACAACUAAAAAGUAAUCACCCUUAAUAAAUUGGUGUCAAAAAGAUUAGUAAGUAUGGAUGUCCAUUUCAAAGAAGGGCGUGCAGUAAUUUGAAUAAUAGUUACCACAUCAGUAGUUUAAACACUAUAUUAUACUAAGAGCUAGUAGAGAAAUUAGAACUGUACCUUUACUGACUACAAAUAGAUGUAUAUCAAUGUGGCUACCUACAACUGUCACACAGAUAGCAAUGCACUUUAUACCUGAUGUAUUCGUGUUUUAACAACAAAAUUUACUAUUACCUACUUAGUCUGAUCAUUAAAUUCUUUCUGUCUUUUUUAUGUUAAACACACUGUUUUCAUUCUGUUCUUUGUGAUCAUUGAAUGUGUAGUUGCAUUUAAUUGUUAAACUGGGAGAUCUAUACAUCCAUUCAUUUAAAUCGCCUUGUCAUAUGUAAAAUGAAUAUGAUACAAAUGUUUUAUUUUUGUACUCUUUUAUACAUUUAUAUAUUAAAUCUAAACAUUCAAAUGAAGGAACUGUACUCUCACAAUUGAGUCCUCUAGCCAACGGUUUAUUGUAAAACUUGUAUACAGCUGGUCAGGGGAAAAAAAGGAAAUCUUUAAAAUGUUAUAGUUGCUAUUUUAAUGUAUGCUUUCCUAUACGAGGCUUUUCAUCAUAAAUACACACACUUAUACGCACUGAUGCACACAUGGAUGGAGUUCAGUUAAGUGACUCACAUCUUUAUAUUCAGUGUAGAGCAAGGAUUUCCAGGGCCAGCUGCUGUAAUCUUCCUGCAUUACGGGUCAGAGAGUAAAUCUAGACUUUGAUGUGAGAACAUGUGUUUAGCUUUACUCUAAGGUCUAAUGAGAGGCAAGGACAAUGAUCCUGCCUGUUAUUUAACUAUUAACUCAACAAGCGACCAAUAGGAAAACAUUAGCGCUAAAAGGGGUGAACUUUUAACUUCCCUCCAAGGGCAUUAUGUGAGGCGGAGCACAGUAGUACAUGUGAUGAGAGUGAUCCGCUGAAUGAAACAUCAGGGAGAGAUAAAGGGCUGUGAGUGGCAGUCCACAACCCAUUUUGUUAUGUUUACUGAUUAGCUUUGAAGUCCGGUUUAAGCACGAUAAAAACAGAGUUAACAGCUCUCAUGUGGGAGAUAAAGCCAUUGAUUUAGCCACUGAUUCAGCUCUUUUGUCCCUAUUUGGAGUGGGAAUUAAUCCGAUAUAAUCACUGUAUGAUCUGAUUGUGUUAAACUGAUAUCACCGAAUCUGCAAGUAGCAGCAAGUAUAUUCCUUUCCAGUAAUGUGAAGAUUGGACAGGUUAUGUGACAUUUUCUCAUCAUUUUCUCAUACAGAGGAAUAGUCCCGAUAUCUUCCAGUGUUAACGAUUUGUCGAUUUGAUCAGAGUAAAUGAUUUUUAAAUAAUUUGUUCACUGACAAUAUUUCAAUUAAACUUUGUAAGACAAAUA